UAUGCCAAUACACACAAGUGAACUUUGUCACUCAAGCAAGCAAGCUAGAGUAUUAAUUUUUAGGCUGGCUGCUGUACUACUUGAGGAGACACAAGGGACCCAGGCCCAGAGGCAGAGAGAGUAGGCCACGCCCGUCUAGUUAGAGAGAGGUGGUGGUGGACAAUGGCGUCGACAAGCUCGUCAGUUGCAAAGCCAGCUUUUGGUGAAACAGCAGAUAUCCCCAACAUUCUGACUGCUCUGGACCAAGGAACAGUGCUCAUACGUUUCUUCAAGAAGAGAGGGAAUAGACCAGAGAAAAGAAUUUUCUGCCUGAAGACAGACACAUUUGAGAUACUACAGUUUCCUAUGACACGCGGUGUUCUUUCAGUAUCUGAGGAGAAAAUUGAUAUUCGAGAGAUUCGGAUGGUGCGAGAGGGAACGGACUCAAAGGAUUUUGAGAAGCAGCAAGUUGGGCUGAGGAUGAUUGACAAUUUCUGUUUCAUUGUCUACUAUGGGAAUGAGUUCAGACUGAAAACGUUGAGUGUAGCAGCACUGAGCCGUGAAGAGAGUGAUGCGUGGGUGAAGGCACUACGUCAUGUGACACAUCCAAACAACUUCAGCUCCGGGCUCAUCACUCAUAGAUGGUUGAACAGAGAGUUCAAGAUGCUGGACACAAACAGCACUGGAGGCAUCACAUCUAGCGACCUGCGGAAGUUUCUGGCUAAGAUCAACAACAAGAACCUCCUCAAUCGUGCCAGGGCCAUCUUCACAGACUUUGAUUACAGUCGGUCUGGCUUCUUGUCUAUUGAGGACUUCUUCAGAAUGUAUGACUCCCUCGUCUACGUCAAGAGUAUUGGAGAGAAGUUCUUCCCCUAUUGCAUGGACAAACAAAACCUAACAUUCAAAGAGCUGCAGGCCUUCCUCAGAGAGGCGCAGAAGGACACUCGAGGUGAUGACCCUGCCUUCGUGGCCAACCUCUUCAAGGACUUUGUCAAACCACCUCGCUUCAAGGACCCCCGGCAACCCUCCCUCACACUGCCAGAGUUUAUUAACUUUCUGUUCUCCAAGAAGAACUCGCUCUUCAUGGACAAGUGUGCCACUGUGUACCAGGACAUGGACCGCCCCCUCAACCACUACUGGAUAGCCUCCUCCCACAACACAUACCUAACUGGCAACCAGUACUCGAGUGAGUCCUCAGUGGAGGCCUACGCCAAGGUCCUGCUCACUGGGUGCAGGUGUAUAGAGUUGGAUUGCUGGGACGGCAGCGACAACCAGCCAAUCAUCUAUCACGGUCACACGCUUACGUCCAAGAUCCGAUUCAUUGAUGUCAUCAAGACCAUCAAGGAACAUGCUUUCACAGCGUCCGACUAUCCACUCAUCCUCUCUAUAGAGCAGCACUGUGACAUCCCCCAGCAGCAAGUCAUGGCUCAGCAGUUCGUCGAAGUAUUCGGAGACCUCCUUCUGACAAAGUCGAUUGACCCCAACCUCACUAUCCUCCCCACCCCCAACCAACUCAAAAGGAAGAUCAUCAUCAAACACAAGAAGCUCACACCCACGGAGGAUGGUCAGAUCAUACUAGAGGGACCCCCCACACCCACCGCUAACAUCCCGGAGCCAACAGAUAGCAAUGAACUGGCUUCUUUCAUUCUGGAUAUCUCUGAGAGUGUCAAGAAUGGCUACCUACUCAUGCAGGACCCCAUUGUCAAGAUAUGGGCCCGCCAUUACUUUGUGCUGACCAAUGAGAAGCUGUUCUUUACCGAACAACAAGAGAAAGAGGAGGAGCCAGAGAAGGAAGACGAGACAGAGGUCCCUUCGACGGAGCUUCAUUUGAAAGAGAAAUGGUUCCACGGGAAAUUGGCCAGUGGACGUCCAGACGCAGAGCGGUUGCUAGCCGACUAUCAGAGCGUCAACGGGUCCUUCCUCGUGAGAGAGAGUGCAACGUUUACUGGAGACUAUUCUCUCUCAUUUGCACGUGAUCAGAAGUACAACCACUGUCGUAUCCACACCAAGGCAGAGGGUGGGCGUACCAAGUACUACCUCAUUGAGAACGUCUGCUUUGACUCCAUCUUUGACCUCAUAGAGCACUACAGAUCGAACCCUCUCAAGAGUCCACUGUUUGAGCAGAUCUUGAGUCAUCCAGUGCCCCAACAGAACAGUCACCUGGGGAAGCCCUGGUUCCACGAGAGCCUCUCCCGGCACAAUGCAGAGGACAUGUUGAAGAGAGUGAGGAUGGAUGGAGCGUUCCUUAUUCGUCCCAGCAGUGAGAUGAACAAGCAAGUGGCCAAGGGAGGGAGCAGUCAGAUGACCUACUCUAUAUCCUUCAGAGCGGAGGGCAAAGUUCGUCACUGUCGUAUCGUGGUCGAGAACGGUAACUACAUGAUAGGCUCCGCCCAAUUUGACAGUCUGACAGAGCUGGUCCAGUAUUACGAGACCAACCCGCUUUAUCGUCGAAUGAAGCUAAAAUACGCCAUCAAUGAUGAGGUCCUCAAGAGCAUUGGAGACGACCCUGACGAAGGCUCCAUCUACUAUCACCCAGUCUAUUGCUCCCUGCAAGACGAGAACCAGCAGAAGCCGUGCACAGUGAGGGCUCUCUAUGACUACACUCAGAGGAGGCCAGAUGAGCUCACCUUCUGUAGAGAGGCCAUCAUCACCAAUGUGGUCAAACACGAGGGUGGCUGGUGGAAGGGAGACUAUGGGCGUAAGAAGGGAAAGUGGUUCCCUGCCAACUAUGUCCAGGAGUUGGAGGAUGGAGACCCCUCCACAGAGGACAGGGCCCUCGGCAGUCUGCAGCAGGGGGCCAUAGACAUUGCAGGCUGUCAGUUGGAGGCCCACAAGAACCCAGCCAGUAACACUUACAUCCUCAGGAUCCAUCCUGUGCCUGAGCCAGGUGGUACCUCCAGACCACUAGAGGUUGCCUCCGAGAAGCUAGACGAGAUCAUCGAGUGGCAGCAGAUGAUUGAGGAGGUGAAGAGUAAACUACAGAACCAGGCCCAAGCCACUCUCAAGCAGCAGCAAGUCUUGAACCAACAAGCUAGACAAAAAAAGAUAGCCCUAGAAAUGUCAGACCUUGUCUUCUACUGCAGACCUGUACCAUUUAAUUUGGAAAAUAUUGGCGCAGGUCAGUCUAAAUUCUACGAGAUGUCUUCGUUUGUCGAGACUCGGUUAGAUAGAAUUGCCAAGAGCAAGGCACAGGCUGGAUUAUUCGUCUCCUAUAGCAACCGCCAACUCAGCAGAACGUAUCCGAAAGGUCAGAGGUUAGAGUCAUCGAACCUUGACCCCUUACCGAUGUGGAAUGCUGGCUGUCAAAUGGUUGCCCUUAACUACCAGACCGGAGACAAGCAGAUGCACCUCAACCACGGGCGAUUCCAACAAAAUGGAGGGAGUGGCUUCGUCCUCAUGCCAGACUGCAUGUUUGAGCCCGGCUUUAACCCCGUGGACACCACCACUCAUACGAAGGCCACGCCCAUCACCCUCACGAUACAGAUCAUUGGUGGACGUCACCUGAUCCGACCCGGGCGUGGGAUCUGCUCCCCCCUCAUCGAGGUGGAGGUGUGCGGCAUCGAUGCUGACUGGGCAAAGUUCAGAACAUCCACUUGCAAGGAGAACGGGUUCAUCCCAGUAUGGAACGAAGGCUGCGAGUUUGACAUCGUGAACCCUGACCUUGCCCUCAUCCGAUUUUGUGCCCAAGACGAGGAUGUUUUCGGGGACCCUAAUUUCAUUGGUCAGGCCGUGUUCCCUGUGUCGUGCCUCAAGACAGGAUUCAGCUCUGUUCCUCUUAAGAAUGCCUUCAACGAAGAGCUGGAAAAGAGUGCUCUGGUAGUGCAUGUGGAGAUACGCAAGACGUACGAGGAAGACGAGGAAAUCUACAGUCGGAUGAGGACAAUCAAGGGUCGUAUCCAGGACCUCUCCCAGCAGAUCAACACGCUAGCCCACACCAACAAGGGCGACAAGGGCGGCAGUUCUUCCACUCAGAGCACAAUGGACCAACUCCAGGAAACCAUGCAACACGAAGCUGAGCAGCUCUACAAACUCAACAAGUCCAAGGGCAAGAAAAGACCUCCGCAAUAAGAAGCCAGCUGGGGGAUACUUUAUAUUAGUAGUUAGUCUCAAUUGACUCUAUUUUGUUCAAUUUCACUGUACAUGUGUUGCAUUUGUAGCUCAUUUUGUUUUCUGCUGUAUAUAUGUAGUCAGUGCGGUCUUGUUGUACAUGCUCAAUUUUGAUUUGACUUUUGAAUACAAAAUUCAAUAAAGAUAACGUAAUUAA